UCAUUUGAUUGUUUGAUUUUAAUCAGACAAUUGUUAGAGUUUUUGUUUGUCUUUAAUUAAAAUUAAUUAGAUUGUUAUUACUUGAACGUUCUCUUUGAUUGUGUUUCAAUAUCAAAUUGUCUAUUUAUUUAGUUAAAUUGUUAAUCACAUUCAUUUUAACGACGAUACUCUCAUUGUUGAGUUACUUUGCCCAUCAAUUAAUUCAGUUUUUAUUAAUCAUCUUAAUCACAAUUAUGACCAAAUUUAAUUUAACCAAAGGAACACUUGAGACGAAAAUCACUCCAAUUAACGAUGAUUAUUUAAUUAGUGAUAAAGUUCUCGGUCUUGGAAUCAAUGGAAAGGUUGUUGAAUGUGUACAAAAAAAGAAUGGAAUCAAAUACGCUCUUAAGGUUCUUCGCGAUAGUCCCAAGGCCCGAAGAGAAGUUGAACUUCAUUGGAAAGGUUCAUCAUGUCCUCAUAUUGUCAACAUAAUUGAUGUUUACGAGAAUCCUUAUGGCACUCAUAAGUGCCUCCUGAUAGUAAUGGAAUGCAUGGAAGGUGGUGAAUUGUUCACACGAAUCCAGGAGAGAGCAGAAAAUGCAUUCACUGAGAGAGAAGCAGCGAAAAUAAUUCAUGAUAUUUGUGAAGCGAUACUUUAUCUUCACACCAAGGAUAUUGCUCAUCGAGACCUGAAACCGGAAAACCUUUUAUAUACAUCGGAAAGUAGUGAGGGUCAAUUAAAAUUGACCGAUUUUGGUUUCGCCAAGGAGACAAGUUAUGCGAAAAGUUUACAGACACCCUGUUAUACACCCUAUUAUGCUGCACCGGAAGUUUUAAGCAGUGAAAAAUAUGACAAAUCGUGUGACCUGUGGUCACUUGGGGUUAUUAUGUACAUUCUGCUAUGUGGAUAUCCACCCUUCUAUUCAAAUCAUGGAUUAGCAAUAAGUCCAGGAAUGAAGAAACGUAUUCGUGCAGGACAAUAUGAUUUCCCUGAAGAUGAAUGGAGAAAUGUAACCAAAGAUGCUAAAGAUUUAAUAAAAAAGCUUCUCAACACUGAUCCAGCUAAAAGAUUAACCAUUGAGGAAGUUAUGAGACAUAAAUGGAUUAACAGAUAUUUAGAAGUUCCCCAGACACCAUUAUGUUCAGUUCGAGUUUUAAAAGAAGAUCUUGACCAAUGGGUUGACGUUCAAGAUGAAAUGACCCAAGCAUUGGCCACAAUGCGUGUCGAUUAUGAUUCUGCUAUUCAUUUGAAAAAGCUCGAUGCAACUAAUAAUCGUUUAUUGGAAAAACGAAAAAGAAAAACUUAAAAUUUUCUAUUAUGAUUUUAAUCAUCAAUCACCAGAAAUAUUAUCAUCAACAAGAGCAGCAAAUUCAAUUAAAAAGGAUAGUGCAUUUUCUUGAUACCAAUUAAAAUCUAUUGUGGUGAAACCAGUUGAUACAAUCAAUUGAAGAAGACCCAAUAAUUAAGUCAUAUUUAUGGUACAUAUUCUGACUAAUUGUAUUAAUCUAGCUGCUAAUCCAUCAACAUUGGAAUCUAAUCACAAUUUAUCUAAUCAACCAACUUUUCCCUAUCCAUUUGAUGACAAUAAUUGUUAAUUAACUCAUGAUAAUUUCACUUCAGUGACCAUGGAAUGUAAAUAUUUUACUCUCACAAACAGUUAAUCUCUUUCUCUCUGUUAAUCACAAUUAACUUUCUUUUUUGUUUUGAUCUUUUUUUUUCUUGUUCCAUUAAUUAAGCCUUGUAAAAAUAAGAUGAAAAGGUUUUUCCAUGUUCAUCUCAAUUAUAUCAUCAACUAAAUUUAAUUUAAUUUCAGUCAA